AUGAAAAGUCUUCUUCAGUUUCUUAUAGCUAAAAUCAUCUUGUUGGCCUUAGCAUCUCCAAUUGUUACUUGUUACGACCCAUCUCCUCUUCAAGAUUAUUGUGUUGCCAUAAACGAUACAGAUGGAGUUUUCGUGAAUGGAAGGUUCUGUAAAGAUCCAACACUAGUAACGUCCGAUGAUUUCUAUUUUUCCGGCCUAAACACCCCCGGAAACACCACCAACCGCCUCGGCUAUUCGGUCAGGGAUGUCGAUGUCCGAAGAGUCCCUGGUCUCAACACUCUCGGGAUAGCCAUUGCCCGCUUUGAUUUCGCCCCGGGAAGUCAAAUCCCACCGCACAUACACCCACGUGCCUCUCAAAUAAUCUUAGUCCUCAAGGGAAAGCUCUUUGUUGGGUUUGUUGCCUCCAACGACUACAACUACACGCUCUUCUCCAAGGUUCUUUACCCCGGAGAUGUCUUUGCUUUUCCCAUUGGUUUGGUUCAGUUUCAUGCUAAUAUUGGGAAGACGAAUGCGGUUGCCAUUGGUGCAAAUGGGAGUCAAGACCCUGGUGUGGUGCCGAUAGGUAAAACGCUUUUCGGGUCGAACCCUUCGAUGGACCCAAAGCUUUUGGCUCAAGCUUUUGCGUUGGACGUUAACACUGUGAGAUACCUCCAAAGGGUGUUUUCUUCCGAAGAUUACAUACUUAAUUAG